UUAUACAGAGCAAAGAAAAAGUAGAAAAGAAUCAAGCUCUGGAACACUCGAUGAGUGAGAACUCGUGUCAACUAUGUGUAGUUGAAAAGAUGAGUUUUGAACCCUGCCUAUACUUGUCCAAAUUGUUAUAUGGAAGAAGUUGAAAGAGGAGAGAGGAUGCCUGUACCACAGAGUGCUGUACUUGGAGCAAAAGAUUUACCUCGAACCAUACUCAGUGAUCACAUAGAGAGCAGUUUGUUUGGAAAACUGAAGCAGGAGAGACUAGAGCGCGCAAGGUUCUAUGGGAAAACUUAUGAUGAGGUUCCUGGAGCAGAAGCACUUGUUGUCAGAGUGGUCUCUUCUGUGGACAAGAAGUUGGAAGUCAAGCAACAAUUUCUUGAGAUCUUUCAAGAGGAAAAUUACCCUGUGGAUUUUGGGUAUAAGUCUAAGUAUGUGCAACAUAGCGAGACAUCAUUGUCCUUCAAAACUAUGGAUGAUGGCCAAGUCUUACUCUAUGCAUUACCGAGUAUAAAAAAGCUUGCUGAUCAUUUACCGAUUACCGAUUUGCCAUGUGUAGGUCUUGUUUAUGUGCAUAAUGUCAAGCAAAGUAGCUCGGAUGUUGUGAAGGUGGGCAACAAGUUCUUGUAG